GAAUCGUUCGAAACUGCCUGCGUCAUCGAGGAAGACGUGGAGCUUCAUCCAUUUGCCUUCCGUACCCAUGCUCACCGCCACGGUGUUGAAGUCUCCGGAUGGGUGGUUAAUGAGAACGAGAAGGGUGAAGAUGAAUGGUUCCUGAUCGGUAGACGUGAUCCUCAACUGCCACAGAUGUUCGUACCGGUGAAGAACAAUUCGAUGGUCAUUCGCCAGGGUGACAUGGUUGCUGCCAGAUGCAUUCUGAAAAACGAUGAAGAUCGCUAUAUCAAGAUGGGACCAACGGGUGAAGAUGAGAUGUGCAAUUUCUACAUGAUGUAUUGGACCGAUGGCGACAGGACGCUGAACGACAACACCUGCUUCUCUCCGGGAGCUCCUGUUUAUCACUGGAAAUCGGAGGCCGGGUUGAACCACAUUCCAAAGUGA